AUGUCGGUCCCCGAGGAUGAGGAGAGGCUUUUGCCGCUCGUCCAGAGAUGGCCCCGAGCCAGCAACUUCGUUCUGUCCGGCUGCGCGGCCACCGUGGCCGAGCUAGCAACCUUUCCCCUCGACCUCACAAAAACCCGACUCCAAAUGCAAGGAGAAGCUGCCCUUGCUCGGCUGGGAGACAGCGCAAGAGGACCCGAUCCCUACCGGGGCAUGGUGCGCACAGCCCUAGGCAUCGUCCAGGAAGAAGGCUUCCUAAAGCUUUGGCAAGGAGUGACACCUGCCAUUUACAGACACGUAGUGUACUCUGGAGGUCGAAUGGUCACAUAUGAACAUCUCCGUGAAGUUGUGUUUCACAAAAAUGAAGAUAAGCAUUAUCCCCUUUGGAAAUCAGUGAUUGGAGGGAUGUUGGCUGGUGUGAUUGGCCAGUUUUUGGCCAACCCAACAGACCUAGUGAAGGUCCAGAUGCAAAUGGAAGGAAAAAGGAAACUGGAAGGAAAGCCACUGCGAUUUCGUGGUGUGCAUCAUGCAUUUGCAAAAAUCUUAGCUGAAGGAGGAAUACGUGGGCUUUGGGCAGGCUGGGUACCCAAUGUUCAAAGAGCAGCGCUGGUGAAUAUGGGAGAUUUAACCACAUAUGAUACAGUGAAACACUACUUGGUACUAAAUACAACACUUGAGGACAAUAUCAUGACUCACAGUUUAUCUAGCUUCUGUUCUGGACUGGUAGCUUCUAUUCUGGGAACACCAGCUGAUGUCAUCAAAAGCCGAAUAAUGAAUCAACCACGAGAUAAGCAAGGAAGGGGACUUUUGUAUAAGUCGUCCACUGACUGCUUGGUGCAGGCUGUUCAAGGUGAAGGGUUCAUGAGUCUGUAUAAAGGUUUUCUGCCAUCUUGGCUGCGAAUGACCCCUUGGUCACUGGUGUUCUGGCUUACUUAUGAAAAAAUCAGAGAGAUGAGUGGAGUCAGACCAUUUUAA